AUGGCAGACCCAAUACCACCUGUUCAGAACCAGAUACGUAUCCACACCCCAGAGUCUGAUGCCCCCGAGCUCGCCAAUGGGCCAAAUGGAUUCGACCGCAAGAAGUUUAUGGGCGCCUGGCACGUUGUUUGGAGCACACUUCCAAUGUGGAAGACCAACAAGAGUGCGCAAGAUGAUGCCAUGGGACGCUGA